GGUGAUUGGUAGAUAACUGUACCUUCAAAUCAUGUUUUCUCUCAAAGAGUUGCUUCCAUCAUUGCUCUCAGCUACUUUUGUGAUGCUAGUAAGUUCCGUAGUAAAAGAACUCAUACCUCCUGUAAUCCGCGAUUAUCUCUUCGCCAUCUUUAGGCGUCGAUUCACUUUCAUUAUUAAAGAGAAAUGUGAUCUCGAUAGAAAUGAAAUCUUUGAAGCUGCCACAACCUACCUACGUUCCAAGGUUACUAGUGAUUCAACAAAAUGUCUCGAAGCAAGCAAAACCAUUAGGCAAAAGAAACCAACCUUUGAUAUUGCAAUGGGUCAAGAGGUUCUUGAUCGCUUUGGAAACAUUGAGCUCAAAUGGAAGCUUAUGGAAAAAGGAGAUCUCACUAAGCAAAAUCGUCAGGUAUUUUUUGAGCUUUCCUUUGAGAAAAAAUUUGAAGAGAUUGUGCGAGAGUCUUAUUUUCCUGAAAUAAUAAGACGUUCUGAGACUAUAAAAAAAGAAGAAGAGAUGGUAAAGCUUUAUAGCCGUGAAUCUGGCUGUCUUGAUGGUCGUGCAUGGAGGUCUGUUAAUCUUGAACAUCCAGCUACAUUUGAGAAGCUGGCAAUGGAACCAGAGCUGAAGAAGAUGGUCAAGGAUGAUUUGGACAGGUUUGUUAGAAGGAAGGAGUUGUAUAAGAAAGUUGGCAAGGCAUGGAAGCGAGGGUAUUUGAUUUAUGGCCCUCCGGGUACCGGCAAAUCAAGCUUGAUUGCUGCCAUGGCUAAUUAUCUCAAGUUUAAUAUCUAUGAUUUGAACCUUUCCGGUAGGUUGUCUGAUUUGCAGUUGAGAAAAAUUUUGCUUUCUACAUCUAAUCGUUCAAUACUGGUAAUUGAAUUCGAGGAUAUAGAUCGCGCUGCAGAGUUGAAUGAUCGAGAGCGACGUGAUGAGUUGUUCACACUAUCGGGUUUAUUGAACAUCAUAGAUGGAUUAUGGUCGAGCUGUGGAGAUGAGCGCAUUAUUGUGUUCACCACCUAUCAUAAGGAUCGGCUUGAUCCUGCUUUGUUGUGCCCAGGGCGCAAGGACUUGCACGUGCACAUGUCAUACUGCACCAUGGAUGGGUUCAAGCUGUUGACUUCUAAUUAUCUGGAUAUCAAUGGUGACCACCAACUCUAUAGACAGAUUGAAGGAUUGUUGGCGAAUGUAGAGGUUACCCCAGCUGAAAUUGCAGAGGAACUUUUGAAGAGUAGUGGUAAUAGUGAUGAUGUUGUUCUCGCAGGACUAGUCAAAUUUUUCAAGCAAAAGAAACUUGAGAAAGCAAAGGCCGCAAAGGUAAAGGAACUUUUGAAGAGUGGUGAUACAGAUGUUGAUGUUGAAGGAUUUGUGAAAUUUCUCAAGCAGAAAAAACUUGAGAAUGCAAAGGCUGCAGAGGCAUGGCAACUUUUCAGUGAUGAUAUUGAUGUUGAUGUUGAUGUUGAUGAAGGAUUUGUCAAACUUUUAAAGCGAAAAUAUUUUGACUAUUCACAACUUAAUUAG